AUGGCUGCUUCGCUCUCCGUCAAGGCACUGUGGUCUGCCAGCGCACUCAGAGCUCCUCUCACAGGCGCAUCCGCCAUCUCCUCACACAGACUCUUCCACUCCUCCCGCGCCCAAUUCACCGACUCCAAGGAAUCAACAGACGCCACUACUCCUGCUGCUGCUGCUGAGGCCGAGGCAGAGGCCGUGGCUCCUGUCGAGCAGAAGCUUCCCUUCAGACGGAGAAACUUCAACAAGUGGCUCCGCACCGAAGGUGCUCGCUUUGCAACUCCUUCCUUCUCUGGACCCAACUACAUCGGCGAGACUCCGUUCCCAAUGAACCCAUUGUUCAAGCCGACGCCACCUAUUUCGAACGCUGCAAAGGAAGAGAUCUACAAGCUGCACCGAGCGGACAGCACAAAGCACACCCCCCGUCAGCUCGGUACGACAUACAACAUCUCGAUCAAGCGUGUCGAGGCAAUCUUGAGGAUGAAGCACCUGGAGAAAGAGAUGAUCGCCGACGGAUUCGUCGCUCAGGAGAACUUUACCAAGGGCAUGGAGCAGCUCAUGGGUGUCAAGGCUGUCAGAUCCGAGGCAAUCACGGAACCCUUGGUCGAUAUCCUGCCCCAGGUUGGCAGUCCUAAGUUCGAGGCUGUGGAUGAAGACAAGACGUUCACGGCCGAGGAUGCUGCCAAGGUGUUGAAGCGUCGCCCCCUGGCAGAGAUCAAGAGCCGUAUGUUGGAAGAGGAGCGUCAGAAGCCCUUCAAGCUUGUGGACUCGAUCAAGGGCAUCCCCCAGGUUGAGGCUGCACCGACCAAGGCCGUUAGCAGGAACUCUGCCGAGGCCAACCCUCGCUUCAAGUUUGCCUUCCAGGACACCUCCAAGAACAACAAGGGCACAUUCAUUCGUGAGAAGGACGGUACCUUGCACCAGGUUCAGAAGGCAUAA